UAAUCACGUACAAUAGAUGAAUUACUUCACUACAAAUAAUCUUCAUUGACAUUGUCUUCAUCGCGAUUAUUUCAUACGUCAUCAUAAAUUGACCAGAUAUGGUUGAAAUCGAACUUUUAUUAUGCAUAUUGGCAGCGAGUCUGCUGUGGGGCACAACAAACCCUCUACUGAAGAAAGCCAGUGUUGGUAUUGAGGACAUUCACAUGUCUAAUCCCAUAUUACAGACCGCGUGUGAAGUAAAGUUCCUAGCUUCACGGCUCAGUUAUGUUUGUCCAUUCCUGUUCAACCAAGUGGGAAGCAUCCUUUUUGUAUACUCUUUGGGUGCUACUGACCUCUCCCUGGCCGUUCCUCUGAGUAACAGCCUGACGUUUUUGGUGACCACUGUUGUUGGUCGCUGCCUUGGGGAAGAGUCAACAAGCAGGAUGACCUGGGUUGGAGCAACCCUAGUCUGUGCCGGAGUUGCUUUGUGUGUUGCUGACAAAACCCAGUAAAGGAAAGUCAUUAAUAUGAUUUUUUUCUGCAACAUCACUGUCAAAAUGUCAUGAUAACUUGAGAGCCGUACCAGGAUUGUGAAAAUGGCUCGCAUUAGGCUAUGCCUAAUGAAAGGUUAUUCAUUGAAUGGAUCAAGCUUAUAAAGUUUGGCAGAUUACAGGUUCUAUGAAACCUUUUAUAAACUUUAGUCUUUUUCAUAUCUGGCAGUCAUAAUACCUUAAGUACAAUAACUUUUGACGUGUAAUGUCCAGGUGACUGUUCCUUUGGAAAACAGUAGCCCUCAACUUGUCUGUCAAGUUAAUUUAUUUGUUGAUAUAUGCAUAUUUAUUUUUAGCUAUCAUUUUGAAGAAAUGUAUUCACAUUCUUUAAUCAGUUUCCUUUGGAUAAUGUCACUGGCAAAGAGCUCUAAAUAACAAUACAGUAUAGCUAAUGAAUAUGUGUCAGAUUAAACGUAGUGAAUCUUUGGUUAACCAUCAACAAGGCAAUGUAGAUGUUAUUGUAUAUCGGUAAGUCUUGACAGUUUGCCAUUCAGUUGGAACAAGAGUCAUUAAUUGACAGUUUUGUUGCCAAGGAAAGGCUGCAAUAGAAUUUAAAAAGUAAGCCAACAGGUAUAAUAGUAAUAUAUGCUGUAGUACAAAACCAUAUGUAUAAGCUAAUUUGAACCUCUACAAUUUUUAGGGCAAUUCAUAGUGCAAUAUAAGGGUGAGUCACCGGUCAACUCUUUAUUGGAUCUACAUGAUAUAUAUAUAUAUAU